UCCAGCCGCAGGAUCAAAUUAACGGGUGUGAUGUAACAGAAGAUCAAUCUGAAGGAAGAUACUAGACAGGGAGAGAGCGAGGAGAGGAGAGAGAAAACACAGCGUUCAUUUCGUCGCACCAUCGAUACGGAAACAGUCUCAGAUAUUUGAGCAUACCUUCGCCUUCUCAAGGCGGCUUGACCUUGAAUUGCGAUCUCCUAUGUCACUAUGCUCAGGUGAUGCUUAAAUAUUGAGGAGUUCAGGGACGAGACUUGUUUGUACCCAUAAAUUUCUAAAAGAGGAGAGGAUGUCGGGUGGCCGAAACACCCACUGGUGUUACAAUUGCAGGCACCCAUUUCGGCUGAGAGGGCGAGACGCGGUUUGCCCAGGCUGCAAUGGAGGAUUUAUUCAAGAACUUGAAGAUAUGGUUCAUGUCAGCCCAAUGGAUUUCUUUGGACUGGACAAUGAUGAUGAUCAUGACAGGAGGUUCUUGGAAGCUUUCUCAGUGUUAAACCAAUUGACAGACAGAAGGCGUAAUGAUAGCAUUAGGGCAAGAUCAGAUUUAGUUCCUGAGCGCAACCCGGCAUUUGCUCCUCUCUUGAUUAUUGGUGGCCAAAUUCCUUUUCGAUUGUCUGGGAACGGCAAUUUUGAAGCUCUUUUCAAUGGGUCUCCUGGAAUAGGCGUGACACGGGGUAACGUGCGUGAUUAUUUUGUAGGUCCUGGCUUAGAAGAACUAUUUGAGCAGCUUUCAGCUAAUGACCGGCGAGGCCCUGCCCCAGCCUCCAGAGGUUCAAUUGAUGCAAUGCCUACUGUUAAGAUCACAAACAGGCAUCUCCGUUCUGAUGCGCACUGCCCUGUUUGCAAGGACAAAUUCGAGUUGGGAUCUGAAGCAAGGGAAAUGCCUUGUGACCAUCUAUACCACACAGAUUGUAUUGUACCAUGGUUAGUACAACACAACUCAUGCCCUGUUUGCCGUCAAGAACUCCCUCCACAAGGUUCACCAGGAGCAGGAAGUGGUCAUACCACAAGUAGUCGAAGUAGAAGCAGUAGUUUUGCUAGUAACACCAGUGCAAGGGAGAGUGCUAGAGAAAACCAAGGAAGGCGAAAUCCUCUCUCUUAUUUGUGGCCAUUUCGCUCAUCUAGUUCUAGCUCCAGCUCCAGCCCCAGCUCUAGCCAUGACCCGACAACUGAAAGUAGUUCAUCAACUAUGCGCGAACACAAUAAUCAGAUGGGGUAUUCAGGAUGGCCGUUCGACUUCUAGGGUUAACGGUGUUAACGUUAUUGCUUGCUGUCGUUGGGAUCAGAAUCCAUGGCUGUCCAUUGAACUAAGCAAAUUGCUAGCGGUGAGUAAGGGUUUGAGACCCGUCAUCUGUAUUACUGUAUGUUGUUAAAAGGGUGCUUUUGGUGUUUAUUAUGCCUCUUUCCAUGUAAAUGACUGUUUCCUUCUUUUGUGUAUUUCUAUCUUUUGUGAAUCAUUUGUGCUUCUAAGUUGUUCUUGAUUCCCAUUUUAUGUUUCA